UCAAAGUCAAAAACAUACAAAAAAAUAGUUACUUUUCGUAUAUUUGGGGUUUUAUACAUUUUUUGUGGAUCUCAUACCUAAAAAAUAAAUUAAAUGGAUUUAAAUAAAAAAGUUACCGUCCUCACUCCUAAUGGAAGACGCCAAAAUAUUAAAAUUACUCCCAGUACAACGCUGCUACAGAUUCUGGAGGAAGCUUGUGCAAAGCAUGGAUUUGCUUGUGAUGAAUAUGGCUUAAAAAGCCACAACAAAGAGCAAGACCUCAUGCAGAUGUUUCGUUUUACAGGAUUGCCAAACAAUUGUCUUCUAGAAAUGUUUGAAUGUUCAAAAAAACGAGUUGAAUCUACGGCGGAAAUUUGUAUCCAAUUAGAAGAUGGUAGCCGGCGUCAGGGACGAUUCAGUCCAGGUAAUUUUCUUUGGGAUGUUUUGAGCAACGUGUGUCCAGAGAAGAUUACGACAGACAUGAGUCCGGUUGUCAUUUACAUGCGAAAGGAAAUAUUUGGUGAUGAUCUGAAACAAACAACACUUAAGACCUUAGGCAUUACUGGAGGCAGAACUAUGAUGCGUUUGGUUAAUAAAAAUCCCGACGACAUCAAAACACAAGCAGGUGUGUAUGUCCCACCGGAAGUGAAGGACGAACCAAAGGAAUCUAAAACGGAUGAAGUCAAAGUGAUGAGUAAGCAGCCGAGCAAGGGAGGAUUUUCUAUUACUUCUGAGCUAGUUCAAUCAUUGAAAAAAAAGGAGACUGUCGACGAGUCAAAGCAGACAGAAGAACCGGUGGAUAUUCCUAAGAUUGAAAGGAAAGUCGAAAAGCCGGGAGUUGUAUAUGAUUGGGGCACGGGUUCUGGAAGAAGUAUUAACUCUAAUGAAAUAACUGAAAUGGAAGAACAAGAUCAAAAUGAAAUGGAGGUUGAACCAGAAGUUAAUGUGAUUGGUGAACGAAAUGCAGUAAUAUACUCUUUGGAUUCCACUCAAAAACAAAUGGAAGACCUCCCAGAUUCUUUCUUUGAUUUAACAGUAAAUGAUUUAAAAUUAGUUUUGCGAGAUUUAAAAAAAAUCACCGAAGGCAAUGACGAUGCUCCACUAGUAACAGCUAAGAUGCGUGAGAUAGAGGAAAACAGUUCAUUACUAAGAAAAAUAGCACAAUAUAAACAAUGCAUAAUACGCAUCCAGUUUCCUGAUAGAAAUGUUCUCCAAGGCAUCUUUAAACCAACUGAUAAAAUCGAAGAUGUUAUAAGUUUUGUUCGAAAAUUUAUAACAAAUGAAGAUUUAGAUUUCCAUUUGUUUACUGUUCCACCAAAAAAGCUUUUACCUAAAGACAAAACUCUUCUCGAAGUGAAUUGCAUUCCAACUGCUGUUCUUCAUUUUGGUGUAAGCGAGACUGAUGCUCUGCCAUCUAUGUUGUCUUAUUUGAAAAAACAAUUCCUAUUGCAACUAACCUCACCAGAAGGUGCAUUCUAUAUUGCAUCCAAAUCACGCUUAAUACGAGGUGCAGACGAAAGUGAUAGUAAAAGCAGUAAGAUAAUGGGCUCUACAGCGCCAGGACCAUCAACUGGAGCCAUACCUAAACGACCAAGAAAUGAUAAUGUUGGACAGUCUUCAUCGCCAAGUCGAAAUGAUAGUGAUAUUCCCAAAUGGUUUAGACCUAAUUAAAGGUGGUAAUUGUUUAAAUUGGUUUCAACAAAAAAAAAUUAAAGCGAAACAAAAAGCAAUUUAACAUCAUUUUUUUAAGUUGUUUUAUAUUUUAUCCAUAAUGUACAUACAUAGCUUUUAAUGUUCUAAACAAAACAAACAAAAAUAAAGCAAGGAACUUAAACAAAAAUACGUAAAUAUGAUUCCUACAUGCAAACUA